UCCAUCUCUUGUUUAGAUUAAGUUCUCCAACUAUAAUCUUAUUCUUUUGGAUGGUGGCAUUCAACUUUUUCUGAGGUUCCAAAUACCUUACAUGCUUGUUUAGAACACAAGUCGAGAAGUUAAAAUUCGCGUUUAGGAUGUGAAUAACUGCAAGUUAUAAAUACCAUAGCUUCUUAGUAAGCGUAAUAAAAUCAUAUCUGAAACGUGAAAUCAAACAAGUCAUUCAUCCUCUCUGGUUUAGGCAGGCAGUUUCACAUUCUAAACAUGGAAUGGAUCUGUUAAUUUGGUUUGCGUGUUAGGAAAAGUUGUUUGGUCAGAAUAGUUCCCUUUGAUUUUUUUUCUUUCAUUCUGUUCAAAACUUUUAUAAUAUAAAUCGAACUAUUGAAGACUGCGUUAUGAGAUAACGUGUCAAAUUUUAUAAUGUCAUAUUUCGGUUCCCUAUGGGCGUGUUUGGCUUUUGUUGACUUUUAUAUAAUAACAAAGUGAUAAUAACGAGUAUAGGUUUUUAAAAGUCUGCAUAUAACAGUACAGUAAUUUUGGUGAUUAGAUGCUACAAUACAACAAAGAAUUGUCAUUGAAAGAUGACAGCAACAGUUACCUAACAACAGUAUAGCUCACUACCUUUUUUAUUAUAAUUUUCUAAUGGAAGCACUUCUUCACAGGUGAUUCCCUUGAUUCCAAAUACCCCUCUUUUCUCUCUGUUCUCAUUCUCAAUUUCCUUGAAUUGCUAGAGUCUCUUGAUUAUGAAUAUACGAUCCAAUCUAGGUCAAUGGUCAUAGACCUUUACUGUACAUAAAGGUUUAGACUUUAGAAAUGGGUCAGAAAGAACUUAAAAAGCUUUGCUUUAAAAGAAUAAAGAUGAUGUUUCCAUUAUAAAGAACAACCACAUCCUUUCACAGGUUGUUGGAUACAUUUUGAUUUAUAGAAAUAAGCAAAAGUAGAAUUGGUGGUUUAUUGUAGAAGUCACUAACCACAAGUUUAAAACGUUAGGUUUUGGGAAAAAUAGGACAUCUCAGUAAAUAGAGUAGGCCCGAGACUAGAAAAUUAUAAUUUAGCGAAUUUGUAAAGAAAAUAAAUUAAUUUCUGCAACAUAUUUUUGAAAAUACAAUGUGUUGUGUUGUGUCCAUCAGUAACAGUAACAACUCAUGCAGCAAUUUCAUUAACAACCACACGUAUUUCUGCAACAUGUAACUCUUCCCUACAUGAUCAAAUGACCAUAAUGUAUUCUAUACCUAUAUCUACCCCACCUUGCUUACAUCCACAGUGACUCUUCUUGUCAACUUUGCCACAGUGUCCCUCUCAAUAGUCCAUGUGUAACCUCUUGUACAACCAUAGAAUCAAAAACAUCACAGUUUUCUCAUCGAUUAUGGGGAUGGAGCUAACCUCGUAAUUAUGACAGUGAUUAUGCGGCCUUCAAGGACAGGUGCCUUGAUAAUCAUCCAUUAAGUUAGCUCUCAAAAUUUUACUAUGCUUGAAAUUAAUCCAAUGCUCCAUCGCAUGAAAAUGCUGGGGACUAAUAUCAUGAACCAAUAUGACCUAUAUAUAUUUCUUCAUUGCGUGUAUAAUGGCUGACAUUUGAGAGAUUGGUCGAGAAAUGACUUCUUAACGUAAAAAGUUCCCAUCAUCAUAAAAGAACCAUGCCCUCUCACAUGCAUUAGACUGCUUCAAAAUCAAAUCAGCAUCUGAUGCAUAUGAAUAAAAAAUAUGAGAAUGGCCUGAGGAUUUCUAAUAGUCGUCUUGACAGAGGGUGAGUCACAACAAUAAUUAGAUGUUACAGAUUUGGGAAAAUUGGACAGGUGGAAAAUAAGAAUCAUACCUAAAUAUUUACUACAGAUGAAUCAAUCUGUGUAGAAUAGUCUAAUUUCCAAACUUAGGUUAGAACUGAAGUAAUAAACAGAAAUUACGCGUUGCUGAUGUGUAAUUCAUACUCUUUGGAAGAACAGAACAUAUUAACUUGAUAGUAUACUAAUAUACGGAGAAAUCUAAUUAAAAAAAUUGACUAUAAAUUAUUCCAAUAAGCAUUGACUUACAAGGGAAAAAACAAAAGUAACCAAAGAGAGUUUAUUCCCUAAUUCUUUCAAUUUGUGAGAGAGGGAGACUGGGUCGUGUUUGGGGAAUGUUGAAAUGUGAAUGGUUUGGGAGUGAAGAAAGUAAGAGGAAAGAAGGAGGUAGCUUCGUGGGAGAAGUGAGAAGAACUGCUUCCAUAGCUUUCUUUUAUGAGAGAGAGGGUUGUGAGGGAACUGAGAAAAAGUAUGAGAAUGGAUGAUAAACAUAGUCACAUCCACACCACUCCCCUUGCCUUCGCACUCACCGUCUCUUGCUUCUUCUGCAUCGCUUUGCCACAUUCCCACUCUCAACCAUCGCCACCGCCAUCGCUUUGUUCUCAGCAGUCAUACAUCUGCAACAUAAGAGUCUCCGUCAUCUUCGAUCCUCCCUGGGAAAAUAUUCCACCCUCUCAAUGUAACGGCGCCGAUCCAUCAUCCCUGCUCAGCUGCCAUGCUCAUUAUGAAUCUCAAAAUUUCACAGUGAAGGAUAUCGACAACACCACUCACACCAUGAAACUCAUGCCAAGACCCCCUGUCGACCAUGUCUGUUCUACUCACCUUUUUUACGGCUACCAGAACUUCGAUUACGACAACUUCAACAACGCUCUGCAUCAGUAUAAUACACCAGUGCAUAAAAUCAUUAUAUUUGAUCAUUGUCCUACAAUCCCAAAUUUCCCUUCAAAACGCAACUUUACGUGCGGGGAUGUUCUGUAUUAUUUUGAAGAGGGGAACACGGAAAAGGAGAUACUCGACAAAUACCCACCGCUUAAGGAUUGCAAUGGAAGUUUGAACGUGCCUGCUGCCGGUCCUCUGGAUCAUUACUAUGACACUGAUGACGGAGCUGGAGUUCUGGAAGAAGCUCUCAAUGAUGCGUUUGAAGUCAACUAUAGUAUUCCAGAUGGUUGCAGAAGAUGCAGAGAAAAUGACGGAAGUUGCUUUCCAUAUGGUUAUGAUGAACAUCUAGUUUCAUGCAGCUAUUGCCCAAAUGAACAGUGUUCUCUCCAAAAAAGAAGAGUGAAUUGGAGAAUGAAAACUAUUAUAGGUGUUUGUUCUGGUGUAGGGGGAGCACUUAUAGUGGGCCUUUGCGUCUAUAUUUUUAUUCGUAGAAGGAAGAAUAGUUAUGUAAUGUCAUAUAUACAAUCUCGGAGCCUCUCUUCUGAUCCAUCUUCAAAAGACACUGAGAAGGGAAGUCACAGCUUCACUCAAAGCAUUAUACCUGGAGUUCAUCUCUUCUCCUAUGAAGAACUGGAAGAGGCCACGAAUUACUUUGACCCAUCUAAAGAACUAGGAGAAGGGGGCUUCGGGACAGUGUAUUUUGGCAAACUGCGAGAUGGGCGUUCUGUUGCAGUGAAGAGGUUGUAUGAGAACAACUACAGGAGAGUUGCACAGUUCAUGAAUGAAAUCAAAAUCCUAACUCGUAUUGAUCAUCCAAAUCUUGUGAAGUUAUACGGAUGCACCUCUCGCCACAGUCGAGAACUUCUGCUUGUAUAUGAGUACAUUCCUAAUGGAACUGUUGCAGACCAUAUUCAUGGUGAACGAUCUAAACCUGGAACACUCCCCUGGCAUAUCAGAAUGAAUAUUGCUGUGGAAACUGCAAGUGCACUGAAAUUUCUUCAUCUCAGAGAUAUCAUCCACAGAGAUGUUAAAACCAACAAUAUUCUUCUUGACAGCAACUUCCGUGUGAAGGUGGCAGAUUUUGGACUCUCGCGUCUUUUCCCAGACCAUGUCACCCAUGUUUCAACAGCUCCACAAGGGACUCCAGGUUAUGUGGAUCCAGAGUACCACGAGUGUUACCAGCUUACUAACAAAAGUGAUGUCUAUAGUUUUGGAGUGGUGCUGGUUGAAAUGAUAUCAUCCCUGCCUGCUGUUGACAUAACAAGGCAUAGACAUGAAAUCAAUUUGGCCAACAUGGCCAUUAACAAGAUUCACAAUCAGACACUGCAAGAGCUUGUGGACCCUAACCUUGGUUUUGAAUCAGAUUUCAAGGUAAGGAAAAUGAUAAGUGGUGUGGCUGAGUUAGCAUUUCAGUGCUUGCAGAGUUCCAAAGAGAUGAGACCUUCAAUGGAAGAAGUGGUGGAGACUCUGAAGGAUAUACAGAGUGAUGGAAAGAGUAAAAGCCAGCCUGAGGUAAUGGAUAUCUCAAGCACAUCUGAUGAUGUUGUGUUGCUGAAGGAUGAUCCUCCUCCACCAUCACCAGAUUCUAAUGCUGUAAGCAAGACAACAACACCAAAUACUAGUGGAUGAGAGGACCUUCUUUCUCACUUUCAUCUGAUUAACCUUGAAAGAGUUAGCAUCACACUGGCAGCAUCCACCUGUUACAACCUUCAUUUUGUCAUCUUCUAAAGAGGAUAAGUUUUAAGAUUGAGAUGUAAAUAUAGCUUGCAAAGCUGCUUUGGUUAUGAAAUUUCAUCUUCUUUUUUUUUAAUAAAUAUAGCUAUAUAUAAUUAAAUUGUUUUGGUUUAAUUAAAAAUGUAUUCCCUGCUCCUAUAGCACCAUUUUUCAUUUGAGUCUUUGUAUGAAAAUCAUCCAUUUUUGUCCUACACGAAGAAGCAUGUAAAAAUUAGACUUAAACGAGUUAUUGAUAUUAAUAUGAUUAUUUUUCUAUUUUA